AUGUCUCUGUUUUGGAGAUCGAGAGAGUGAGAGAGCGAUCGUCUUCCAUGCCUUCGCAAUGGGAAUCCGCUGACCCCCGUCGCCCUUGGGCUCCUAGUUCCAACGCCGCGCCGGUGAUCGGGCGAUAAAGAAGGCGAGAUAGGCGGUAGGGGGCGGGGAUGGCGGACGGGGAGUACGCGGCGGCGAAGACGUCGGUGUGGUGGGACAUCGAGAACUGCCAGGUUCCCAGGGCUUGUGAUCCGUACUUGAUCGCCCAGAACAUAAGCUCUGCCCUGGCAGCAGUGGGUUACCGUGGCCCCGUGUCCAUCUCCGCCUUCGGCGACGCGAACAAUAUAACGCCGACCGUGCUGCAGGCGCUCUCCAGCACUGGCAUCGCCCUAAAUCACGUUCCCUCCGGUAAAUGUUAUGCAGGUAUUAAAGAUGCUAGUGAUAAGAAGAUUUUGGUCGAUAUGCUAUUUUGGGCAGUUGAUAAUCCUGCACCUGCCAACUACUUAUUAAUAUCUGGUGAUCGUGACUUCUCAAACGCCCUUCAUCAACUUAGAUUAAGGAGAUACAACAUUCUUCUUGCACAGCCUCCUAAUGUAUCACAAGCCCUUGUUGCUGCUGCUAAGAGUGUCUGGAACUGGAAGGACCUUGUGGCUGGAGGAAAGCCGAUGCAUGAGUCACCUUACGUCAACAAAUCAGCAGGUGGCACUUCACCAAGUAAAGAGACAUUUAAUGGCAGUACUACAGAUAAUGUGCAGCUGACUCAAUCCACUGGUUCUUCUGCAUCUGCGCAUUUGGGUAAUCAAAAGACUUGUAGUAAUGGAAAAUACGAUAACCGGUACAAAGGGAAGCACAAGAGAUGUCCAAAUCCAAGUCAAACAAACAAUGCUACAGCUACUACGAUAUCAAGCAGUGAAUUCAAGCAGCCUCCUCCUGUAAGUCAUGGUUUUCUAACUGAUACUAAUGUUCUGCAGUUUAACAACUGUAUGAAAAAUCCUGAUCAAAUGUCUACGUCAAUGAUACCAAGUAUGAAAUCCCAUGACAACUCCCACUUGAACCAUACUUCAAAUUUUUUUCCUCAGUCAUUUCCUCAAAAACCACCUUGUGAAGCUACCUAUUUUCGCCAAUCUGAAACAAUGGUUUUUAAUGAAUCUUCCCAUGAGUUCUUGCAAGGGAAUCAGUCGCAGUCUCCAAAUGGGCCUAUGGUAGAUUAUGCACCACCUCAUUCAGAUUCCCCCAUGAAAGAUGGAAAAGACUUUUAUAACAAUCACAAACCACACAGGCCUCCGCCAUUAAGGCCGAGUGAUCUACUGCCUCCACACCCUAAUUUUCAACCUGGGAAUUUGUCUUCAUCAAAUUCUCAGAACCAUGAUUUUUAUGCAAUUCCAAAUGGACCUAGUGGUCCACCGUUUACUUCACCACAAACCUGGACUACUGGGCCAACCUUCCCAUCAGUUCCUCCGGUAAGUCUACCUGAAAUCAGUAAGGUUAGUAUUUCAGAUGAUCCUAGUGGUGGUCAAAAUAAUGGUUCAUAUUCUAAGAAAAACCCUAUGCCAAAUAUUUCUGUUCCUGAGCAUAAUGGCCUGCAGAAGUCACAAACAAUGUAUCAGGAACAUAUGCACGGGCCUAUAGUUACAAAUGCCAUGGACAGCAAUAUGUCUAAAGAUGGACUGCAGGGUAAUCCAGGAAGCCUGGUGCCACACAUUGCAGUCAAGAAUAUUUUACGUGCAUUGCACAUCUUAAAAGCUGACAAAAUGGUUCCAAAUGAAACAAAUAUAGCUGACUGCAUUCGCUAUGGCGAGAUGAAUAUUCAGAAUUUUGACAUUAAGAUGGCCUUGAACUAUGCCCUCGAGCAUCAACUUGUUGUGAUGCACAAGCUAGGAGGUAACUUGCCAUUGUAUGUAGAAAAACAUCAUGGGUUGUGGAGAUGUGUCAAUCCUAUGGAUAUCAAUGCUAGGCAUCCAAAAACAACAUGGGAUGCAGCCUUAAAGUUUCUCUCCUCAACUGCUGGGCGCACUUUAAUCAUGAGAUCUCAGUCCAGGUAUCAAGCAGCAAUAUUUUUGAGAAAUUCAUGUUUGAAUCAUCUUGUUUUGGGGGAAAUUCUUCAGAUGUUGCAUGUGAUAAUUAAUGUGAAGAAGUGGAUUACGCCUCACUCAUCAGGUUGGAAGCCAUUAUCUUUCCAUCUGCCAGAUGCAGAUAAGAAUACAGGCACCGGUGCCGGUACUAAAUCUUGAUGUGUUCCCAUAGCAGACAAAUAUAAUGAAUGGUAUAGAUGUCUCUGCUAAAACAGUUGUAGUGCCCUCGGAGAAUUAGGGAUUCCUUUGUUCCUUACAGGUUACAUUCUGUGAAUUAAGGUCAAGGGAAUGUUUAUCCCGAUGAGCAUAGAUCAUUUAGUAACGGUCAAAGACUUUGAAGUAUGAGGGAUGCCUUCGACCAGUAUUACAUGUUUACCAUUAAGGAUGAUAUUACCGAAGUACCUGCUGCUCUGCUUGAUCAUGUAAAUUGGCAGAUAGUAAUAAGCAGUUAUGUGGUUUGCUUGGGAAUUAGUUAUUUGAUGGGAUGAUAAAGAUACAGGAGGAUGGUGUGGAUAAGUUGCUCAUGGUGAUGCAGCUGCAGUCUACAUCAAUGUGCAUGGGUGCUUUAAACAGUGCACUUAGAUGCACAUCGAUAUAAUGUCAUCUUCCUUGCAUCUCGGAUCUGAUUUCUGAUUUCCCUUGUUGACAAAAAAAAGUGGCAGCUUGCCAAGUAAACUAGAGUUUGCGAUAUGGAAAUGUCAUCUUCCUUGCAUCUCGGAUCUGAUUUCUGAUUUCCCUUGUAGACAAAAAAACAGGUGGCAGCUUGCCAAGUAAACUAGAGUUUGCAAUAUGUUCCAUAUAGGAUGAUGCUGUCUUGGAUACCAGCCAGAAGGUGCAGAUUACAUCUUUUUGCUGUAUGUUAUAAAGUGCAGAUUUCAUUCUGCCCUAUAAUUGUAUUGGAGCAUGUUUAUUCAGGUAACUACUUUCUCUACCUUGCUUUUUGUUAAUCUACUUGGGUUGUCAGGCUCAGUGGUCAUAUGGUAUCUGUGUAUUGUUGUUCCUUGUAUUGAGUAUGUGUCACUGUUAUUCUGUUAAUGGAAGGUGCCAUAAUAGUUACUGGCCUAUUUAAACAUGAGCUUUUCAUUUGCAAAGAUUUUUUUCGUUGUUCUA